AUAUAAUCGCGCCUGUAGUUUCCGGGUGUGCGCGCGUGCUUGUCAGACUUCCGGGGAACAAGACAGAUGCAAAAUAACCCCUAAAAUCUUGACAACUUGUGAAGCACACGUUUGGUAAUCUUUUUUCAGGUAGAUGGAGCGUGCGCUGGGAGGCAUGGGGCCCCUGGUCCUGGGUGGAGUCGGGCUGCUGGUCAUGUACUAUGUCAUGCAGAAGAUGCGCCGCAAAAACAGAGUGCAGAACAGCGUGGUCGUCAUCACUGGAGCAAGCUCAGGGCUGGGAAAGGAGUGCGCCCGUGUUUUCCAUGCUGCUGGGGCGCGCCUCAUUCUGUGUGGAAGGAAUGAAGCUCGUCUGCAGGAGCUUGUUCAGGAACUUGGAGAGAAGACAAAUGGCAAAAUACAGACGCACACCCCACGCACUGUCACCUUUGACCUCUCCAGUGUGGACACGGUAGCGGCGGCGGGCGAGGAGAUCCUGAGGUGCUAUGGCCACGUGGACGUGCUCAUCAACAACGCCGGCAUCAGUUACCGCGGCAACAUCCUGGACACCCAUGUCUCUGUCCAGCGGGACGUCAUGGAGACCAAUUACUUUGGGCCUGUCGCUCUGACGCAAGCCAUUCUUCCCUCGAUGGUGCAGAGGCGCAGUGGACACAUUGUGGUCAUAAGCAGCGUGCAGGGCAGGAUUGCCAUUCCUUACAGAUCAGCCUACGCAGCAUCAAAACAUGCCACACAGGCGUACUUUGACUGUCUGAGGGCAGAGGUGGACAGUCAUGGAAUUCAGGUGACCGUGAUCAGCCCUGGUUACAUCAAAACCAACCUGUCCCUCAAUGCCGUCACCGGGGAUGGGUCUAAAUACGGAGUUAUGGACAAAACAACAGCAGCUGGCCGCGACCCAGUAGACGUAGCCCACAGUGUGUUAAGGGCUGUCAAUCAAAGACAGAAAGAGGUUCUAUUGGCAGGCGCACUGCCCACCGUGGCCGUGUACCUUCGCACCCUGUGGCCCGCCCUCUUCUUCAAACUCAUGGCCUCCAGAGCCCGCAAAGAGCAGAGACUAAAAGAGGAGUGAGGUGAGGCAAGGGACAAAGAAUGACAUGAAAAGAGAGACAAGAGAUCCUGGCCAGAGACCAAAGUGAGAAGACGGAAUAGCUUGCGACGGACGGAAGGGAAUGGACAUCCUGUUUUUCCCUUCCUGUUGGCUUUGUGAGCGAGUGUGCAUUGCAAGCACCUGUGUAAAGUCCGUGUCAACCAUGAGGGUAGUGCAACAGAAUGCUGUCAGUAUUCCAUCUGUGCUAAUAUUUGUAGUCCUGGGGUUUGGCUAUUGAACUAUGGCAUGUUUAUAACUGAAUAAUAUACAAUGCUGAUACCACCCUGGGAAAAACAGACAAGGUGGUUUAUUAAGGUCAUCAUUUACUGUAGAUCAGGGGUGUCAAACAUACGGCCCGCGGGCCGCAUCCGGCCCGCCAGAGGGUUCAAUCCGGCCCGGGUGUAAAAAAAUUUUUUUUUUUUUUUUUCUUUUUCAAAGAAACAACCGAAAUGCGCAAUUACGCCACUGGGGGCAAAAUCGAGACCUGCAUGACAUUAACCCAAUGGUCCACUCUCUCUCUUAUACUGCGAGUGCGUUUUAAUAUGCGACCUUGCCUCCUCCACUUGCUUCUCGUCAUGAUGACAUCACUGACAACAGCAUUAUAUUUCAAUACCUUGCAAAAGCUCAAUUGUAAAGUCUUUUUCUCAUUUGCAAUUGGGAUGGUGAAUGAAAAACAGUCCCUCAAAAGUUGUUGUGGCGAGGCUGACAGCUGGGAAACUUUAUCGUUUUCUCCACGGAGGAGGGGCCAGGAGGCGGGACGAGGAGACAAGCACAAGUGGAGGAGACAAGGUCACAUAUUGGGAUGCACCCUUUAUAUGUAGUAAAGUGCACAUCACACUAUUGUAAAUGGUGAAUUUGUACUGUGAAAGGCAUUUGAUAAAGCUCAUAUAUAGACGUCAUAUAUUAAUUGUACUUGUUUUGGUCCGUAUUGAGCUGAAACGGGAAACGGGAUGUUAAAAUGCGUUAAUAUGCAGGAAAUUACAUCUAAGAAAUACAAAAUUGUCUGGGGGAAGACCCCCAGACCCCCGCUAAAAUGAGCUUUCCCCUAUUUUAUUCAUUGACAGUUGGCAAUGAAUGAAUUAAAUCAAUGAAAUUUUGCAUAGUAUUGCAUAGCUUUCUACAUAUUCAACAGACUUUUAAGACAUGCUGAAAAGAUAACGCAAUAGUACUGAAAACUAAUCCUCUGCUUAAGGGGUUUUUUUUGCGAUGAUGUUACUAAUGCGGCCCGCUUGAGGUCCACAUGGGUUGUAUGCGGCCCCCGGACCAAAAUGAGUUUGACACCCCUGCUGUAGAUGCUGGAUCGCAUCCAUCUUGUUCUAAUGUGAUUAUUUCCGUAAGGGAGAUUUCAUUUUAUGUUGCACUGACAGAUACGGUUUUGUUGUAUGAGAUAAAUGUAUGUUUUCAAGAACAACUGUGAGAAAGUUUUGUUUGCUUUAUGAAAUAUAUGCACCCUGUAGAAGUGAACAAGGUUUUAUUAACCAUAUUGGUCCAUGUUUACAUAGGUGCAUCUGUGAAAUGACAUUUCCCUCAGUUUUGAAUGUAAUUAUUUGAUUACAUUUGAAAUGCAAACUCUAACAGCAAACCAUGCCCAUCAUUUGGAUGUCCCUCAUGACUUGUAACUGUUAUGUGUCAUACAAACACUUAUUUCCCACUGUGCUUACUUAGCAGUUUAGUUAGGCCUCAAUAUCAGCUCAUGUCUUGACACUAUGCCAUGGUUCUUCACCAUGCACACACUUACUCUUUUCUCCUGUGGGACACUUGUUCUAAACUGUUUUGGUCAAUAAAAGCCACUGCACAGA